AUGACCAAAACCUACCCCACCCCCCACACCACCACAAUCGCCAACCCGCGCCUCCGCCUCCUCAACAAACUCAAAACCCAUGACUACCCCCUCAUGACAUUCAUGGCACUCCCGUCGGUGCGCAUGGCCCAAAUCAUCGCCUUAACCGGCGUCGACGGAAUUAUCAUCGACUGCGAACACGGCCACAUCUCCGACGACGCGAUGCACAACUCCGUAGCCGCCAUCUCCUCACUCGGAGUUUCCCCCAUCAUCCGGAUCCGAGGACCCAGCCACGACAUUCUCAAGCGCGCCCUAGACACAGGCGCCCACGGGAUCAUGGUGCCCCAGAUAAACACCGCCGAAGAAGCAGCCCAAGUAGUCGCGUCAUCGAAAUUCCCGCCGCAGGGCGUACGGGGCCAGGGCUCCGCGUUCCCCGCUAUCGGCCAUGCGUUGACAACGCCCGAGUAUAUGGUCUCUGCGAAUGAAACGAUCAUUACGAUGGUGCAGAUUGAGACGCGCGCGGGAGUCGAAAAUGUCGAGGCCAUUUGUGCCGUUCCGGGAGUGGAUUUGGUGUUUAUUGGGCCGAAUGAUCUGGCGCAGUCGUUGUUGGGGUAUGUGCCGGCCAGAGGCGAUGAGCCGGAGUUUGUGGCGGCGGUGGAGAAGAUUGUGGCUGCGGCGAGGAGGCAUGGCAAGUGGGCGGGCAGAAUGGUGAAUAAUGGGACGUUGGCGAAGGAGGCGAGGGGGAUGUAUGAUACGGUGGCGAUUACGGGGGAUACUAAGGCGAUUCAGAAUUGGUAUAUGGCGGAGUUUGAGACGGCCAGGUCGUGA